AUGCGAAAGAUAUUAAUCUCUCAAUUUAAUAACGAACAAGUACCAAUGCUAUCAUCUCAUCUUUCCAAUAUACGCCGUAUCAACAGUGAUCCAGCAGAAACACAAUCAAGAAGUGCAACCGAUAACCGAAUUAGUUUUACGUCUGAAAAUACCGAAACGGGACAGAUUACAAGUUUUUUUGCUGUUCGCAAGCGUCGAACUAGCGAAGAAAGUAUUUCUUUGCUAAACGGAAAGAAAACGAAAGCAUAUGGAGCAUUGGAUCCCACUAGUAUUUCUUCCAGUCAAUUGGUUCCGUGUUGCAAUUUCUUCGACGAUAAAGAAAACGCAUUGGAGAAUGUCGUACAAGUGGUACCGGAUGCUGUUUCGAAUACAUCUCUCGGAUUUUUUGAAAUGCUUCCACCUGAGUUACUAUAUGUAAUGUUUGACAACAUUCCAGUGCUACAGUUAAAACAACUAUGUCUUUCGUCCAGUACACUAAAUGCUAAAGUCUGUGAAUACAUCUCAAUGGCUAGUACACGUAGGCGGUUUUUCACAGAAACAGGGACAGCAUACUACGGUGAUUUUGAGAGCGCAAAAGAUCCAUUUUAUGCUUGGGGUAUGCUUCUAAAAGCUUGCUCAAUUGUAAUGAGUUUUCAUAGCAGCCAUGUUUUCUUGGCAAAAUUCUUCAUCAAGAACAAAAAGAUCGAAAAUUGGUGCGGUUGGGGUCGAUGUUUUAUGGCGAUACGAGCCCGCCUCCGAGGUUUUUUCCUGAGCUGUUGGGAAAAGAAUGAUGAAUCUUAUGGAUUCUGGAUUUCACUUAUUUUGCGCACUCAAAAGACUAUCUCUCAACAGGGACAAUUAUUUAUGAUCAUAUUUGGACCUUUGAAGCUGGAUGAUGAUAACUGCGAGGUCAUUGACUGGGAUCUGUUAAGUAAUACAUCGAUUGAAGAUCGUCGUCUAUGUGAGGAAAUAAUUGGUCCUAUGUCCUUUAGUAUCCACUGUAUGGUCAGUAAUGAAAAUUUAAUGGGAUAUGCAUGGAGUGAUUAUCAUAUCUUCAACUUGAUCGAGGAAAUUACAACAGCUCCACAUUCCUGGACUCUUGACAAUUUUGCUGCACUUUUGGCUCUUCGACCAAAACUUAUCCAUAUUGCACUGCAUGCUCGGAUAAUACAUGGUCAUCAAGAAGAAGCGGCUCAUCUCUUUCACGCAAUAAAUUCGGUUUUGCAUCAAUGGGGUAUUUUCUCAAGCACAGCUGUGACCGGUGUGCUACUAAAAACAUUUCGAGCCUUAUCUGAUAUUCGCCGUCGCCUUUUUUUGUCUUCUUUUUUGAGAACCGAAUCAGAGCUAUUGAGCGAUGCUCUAAUGAACGAACCUUUCGAUCGCGAUUAUUUUUAUAUGGAAUUAGCUGUUGGACGCGCUGUAUCGCCGCUAGUAACACUGAUGGCGUCAAAUGUAUGA